AUGGAGAACCAAUACAGAGCUGAGCUCUGUUUCCCACAUCUCCUCAAUGGCUCCUGCAGAAAGCCCACACUUCACUGGCAGCUCCACACACCUACUAACAUCCUCCUCCUCUCUCUGGCUGUGUCAGAUUUGCUCGUGGGGUUCAUAUCAAUGCCAGGGGAAAUCUACCGAAACACAAGCUGCUGGUUUCUUGGUGACAAUAUUUGUUUUAUAUAUAAUUACUUGUGCUUCAUCAUCACUGCUGCCUCAGUAGGGGAUAUGGUGCUCAUAUCAAUUGAUCGUUAUGUGGCUAUUUGUGAUCCUCUGCAUUACCAAACUAGAGUAACUGAGAGAAGAGUUAAAGUCUGUGUCUGUCUGUGUUGGUUCUGUUCAAUUGUCUACAGCAUUUUAUUUAUAAAAGAUGAUCUGAUUAAGGCAGGAAAGAAUAACUCUUGCUACGGAGAAUGUGUGACAGCUGUGGACAUCAUUGGAGGAACAUUUGAUCUUUUCUUUACUUUUAUUGCACCAGUUACCACUAUCAUAGUACUGUAUAUGAGAGUAUUUGUGGUGGCUGUGUCUCAGGCUCGUGCCAUGCGCUCUCAGGUCACAGCCGUCAAACUGCAGCUUUCAGUCACAACAACAGCAAACAAAUCUGAACUGAAAGCAGCCAGGACUCUUGGUGUUCUUGUGGUUCUGUUUCUAAUAAGUUUUUGCCCCUUUUACUGUGUCUACCUUGCAGGGAUUGAGUCAUUCAGUAGGUCUUCUGUGUUGGCAGUGGAUUUUCUGUCCAAUUUUAAUUCAUGCAUUAACCCUGUGAUUUAUGCCUUAUUCUACCCUUGGUUUAGAAAAACAGUAAAGCUCAUUGUAAAUUUAGAAAUAUUGAAGGCUGGCUCAUGUGAGGCCAUAAUACAGUAAAUAAAUUAGAUUAAAAUACAUUUCAAGGUAAUAUAAAUAAAUCUAAGUAAUUUUCAGUGUUCAAAUGCACAUAGAUUGCCAAAUGUUUAGAUGUUUCCUAUUAAUUUAAAAGUGGUUGAAACUGAACUAUUUUCCUUUUCUUACUUGAGAAACCUAAAUGAAGAAAUAGCCAAUCUCGUUUUAAGAUAAAUCAUUUGAAGGUUCCUGUCUUUUGGUUAGUUUACUUUUAACUUGUUUAAAUUAAAAUCUGUGGUAAAGUUCUUACUUCUCUAAUAUGAGCCAUAAUGUACAGAAUACCGUGGAAAAGCUACACAUUGAAACAGCUGUUUGUAUACUGCUGUAAAAGUGUAAAGAACUAUAUUCUACUUAAUGCUCAUUUUACAUUAUGAAAUCAUGACGUUUGAAUAAUUUCUUGGCAACUUUUUAAGCCAAGAUUGCAAUUUCUUAUUAUUCUUUUUGUGUGUUAGCUGGUGGGUCUGUUAAAAUAGUUUUAUCCUCUCAGCAUAGUUUCUUUAAACUUCUGUUAUUGUACCAGUUGACAUUUGCUGCUUCCUAUCUUUACAUAAAGUUAACUUUCUUGUUUUAUUUUAAGACUCUAAUUGUAAUCCCUGUGGGUUCUACUUUUUACAUUUCAAGUAAUUCAGUUUUGAUAAUUGUUAAUCAAUUCAUUUUGUUGAUCUCAAUAAAAUAAAUGGCUACAAGACAACAGCUGCUAACCUAAGCUUGCCCAUAUAAUCAGAUGCUUGCUGGAAUUUAAAUAAAUAAGGCUAAAUAUUUAUGUGAUAUUAUGCUGCUACAAUGACUAAUCUAUUCAUUUUAAAGCUACUUAUAGAAUCAGGUAAAGUGCUGUAUCCUAUAAAGGUCUACAAAUGAUCAAAUUCUAAUUAUUUGGUAAGUGCGGUAUAUUGUUUAGAAGAAAUUAUGUUUGUUGUUGCUUUUCUUUCCCUAAAAUUCAUUUUAUUUUUAUUAGUUAUUUUCAAGGUAUUACACAAAACAAGGUCUCAGUUAUAUACAAAAACAUGUCAUACAAUGUAAGAACAGGAGUUGGUUGAAGAACACGUCUUAGGAACCCUACCCCUUCUCAGUUCAUCAUAAACAAAGAAUGGGACAUGAUGCUGUUGUACUAUUACACACUGUUUAAAUUAUUUAAUGUUUAAUAAAUAA